AUGAACAAUCAGAUAGAAUAUGAGGAUUGCAGAUUAAAAGAUGUUGAGCAAGUUGAUAAUAAUGAAAUAAAUAAAAGAGUAACAAAUAUAAUUAGUAAAAUGAAUGAUAGAAAGAAACAGACAAAAGAAAUAAAAUUUGCAAAUAUACCUAACUCAAAUAAGUAUAAAGAAUCUAUUAUUUACUAUAAAUUUGUGAAGAUCAAAGAUUUCGCUAAAAUGUAUAGCAUUGGACAAUAUUACCAAAAUAAAAUGAUCAUUGAAAAAGAUGGACAAAAAUCUGAAAUUAGCAAAAUUGAAAGAAAAAAUGUAAAAGUUAGUUCAGUAAAUGAUAAUAAAAGAGGUGAUAAGAAAUCUGAAGACUUAUUUGAACAAAAUUAUAAAGCAAACGAUCCUGAAAAUUGCCAUAGAAAUAAAAUAGGUGAUUCUAAAUUUGGUGAAAAAUGUGAGAUGAUCUUUAAAGUGAGAGAUAUGUCUAUAGAUCAAUUGAAUCAGGUAUUAGUGUUAAUUAGAAUAUUAAAACCUGUGGACUAUGCAGAAGGUUUUGUAAGGUUAAAUAGUUUGAGUUGUCAACAUAAAGAUGCCAAAGCUGGAAUGUUAA